AAUUCAUUUUUUGAAAUCAAAACCCCACAACUUUUGGAUGGAAUCCAACUCGUAAAUCCCUCAAUAAUUCCACCCGAAAAAAAGGAGUUAAUCAAACAAGAGCGUUGCAUUCGUUUUCAUCGAGUGUGAACAUUUUCCCUUUUGUUUUUCUAUAUUCAAACAAGUAUCAAAUUCCAAAGGGAUUGAUCUCCCGCUGAGAUGAUGGCCCACCACCAGGAGCUUCUUCCCACAAAUAAAAAUUUUUAAAACAAAAAAUAAAAAAAGGAAAAAGAAAAUGUGUAUCAAAAAACAACAUCAGGGAAUAAAAAGAAACCCGUGGUGUGUGUGUGUCUACACCUCCGCUGGAAAAGUGUAGAGAGAGUCAAGGAAAAAGUCAUCAACAACCCGGCGCCAAUGUCCAGCAGCGACUCUUAUGUUAUUCCAAGAAGCUCAGCAAUUUCCCUUUUCCCUACGACUCCCGAUGUGUGUGUGUGUGCACUUCGACACCUGUACCCCCCGUCAUCCUUUAACCUUCCGAAUCGCAAUGCACACACAAGUUCUUUUCUUUUGUUUUUUUCAACCAUCAUGAAAAAAAAAUGUUUAUUUCUCCAGCCAAAGACCCCCAAAAAAGGUGAAAACAAAUUCCGAGAUUCCAAACAGCAAACCAACAGGUGUGCGACGACGCGACGCGACUCGGUCGGAAUGGCCAAUAGAUUGGAGGCGCCGCUGUGGCGUCAUCCUAUAGCUGCUGCCCUCCCGUCAGUCGUGUGUAUAGACUUUUGUUUUUUAGAAUUUUUUGGUUAAAAGGACAGACGCCAGUAGCUUGUCUUUUGUAUUUUUCCUCGAUCAAAAUGGGCCUACAUAAUUUAUUCUCAAAUGUUUUGAGCGACGGAUGACUUAUGGAUGGAUUUAGUUUUAUCGUACAGGCUGUUACAUUUUGGUCGUAGUGUACGAUAGAGAUGCACGUAUUACAAAAGAUUUAAAUUUAUCAAAUCAAGUGUGCGAUAAAAGAAAAAAAGAACAUUUCUUAUCAUCAUCAAAGUUGGGGACAGCAACUGAUUGGGGAGUCUGAGUGUUGAUUGAAUUUCAUGUUCAGUUAUUUGGACACAAACGGCUUUAUAAGGAUGGAUCCUUUCGAGGCUGACAAAAUCACACCUGUUGCUGUUCCGGAACCUAUCCGGUCGGCAAUUUAUCCGGUUGAAGUGGAAGAAGAAGACGUCAUGGAUGAAAAUGAGCUAACCCCUGGUGACGAGAAUAACAGCAAAGGUAAAUCAAAGAGUAAAUUCACAUCCGGAUUCAAGAAUGUCCUUCCAUUCGGUAAAUCCUCGACACCACCAGCGGAUGGGGAAACUACGCAACAAGAACCACUAACGGAUGGCCAGGAAGCCAAAUCCAGCAGAUUCACUUCCGGAUUUAAGAAUGUCCUUUCAUUCGGCAAAUCUUCAUCAACACCAUUGGAUGAUGAAAAUACUCAACAAGAACAGCAAGUGGAUGGCCAGGAAGCCAAGCCCAGUAGAUUCACUUCCGGAUUUAAGAAUAUUCUUCCCUUCGGCAAGUCUUCAUCAACACCAGCGCAGGAUGGGGAAACACCCCAGAAAGAUGAGCCAUCGGAUGGCCAGUUAAAUCAGGAAGCCACGCCCAGCCGAUUCACCUCCGGAUUAAAAAGUGUCUUCUCGAUAGGAAAAUCGGAAACUACCGCCGACGCUCUCAACGAGUCAUCAACGGAUCCAGCGGAAGCGAAGGCGUCACAUCCGUGGACGGAUGGAAUCAAAAAUGCUUUAUCAUUCAAUAAAUCACCUGGCCAGAUUGGCAAUCCCAACGAGAUGUUAACAAAUGCAAUGGACGGGGAAAUCGGUGGUCCAGUUGCGGUCGUCGGUAAUAACACAACGGCGAACGGAAAUAAGAAUUUGCCAGCAGGUGCGGCUGCUGCUGCUGCUGCCGGUAACAAGUUGCCAGCAGCAGCGGCCCCGCAACAGGAUGCCGAUUUCACCAUCAUUUCGGACGGAUUCAACAACAAGAAAACGUUGGCCAACGGACUGAUGGAUUUCGCUUUCCUGACGGCCAACGCCAAUCAGCUGCACUACGCUCUGUCUGCCCGAGCGUACGAUAUCGAUCGCAUCGUCAGCAUCGCCCUCAUCUCGUCCAGCAUUUUCCUGCAGAUUGUGGCUGGCGUUCUCCUGAUUUCCGGCUCCUACAUCCAAGCUAAGCCGAUCCCGAUCAACCGCAACACUACCGAUCCCAAUUCGAAAGCUUCGCUGGCCGCCUAUCUGCAAUGGCGAGCGAGAGCGUUGAAUUUGAUCGAUCACUGGACGAUCGCCCUGGUAUUCAUGAUCGCCAUCAUCAACAUUUUCAUUGCGGCCUUCGCCACCGGAACCAAGAGCGUUAACACCAACACGGAUCCGGAUACGCCACCAGAGACGCCAGUUGAAACCGCCGUUUGGCAAAUUGGCAAUUUGAUUCGAAAUUAUUUCUAAGAAUUAUUUGAAAAGUCCAUUUUAGGCAGCAGCACACAGGUUAUUUUGAAUUGUUUUAUUCCCCACGACAAAGAAAAUAAACCGGGUGAAUGAGGUCGUUA